CAUUUUAUAAAUCACAAAAGAACAGUAGGUUCUGUAUGAUAAGAGUUACCAUAAAAAGGGUUAAAAUGUCACCAAGGCACCCACUGGAAGAACACAUUUUAUCAAUAAGCAAUUGGGAUGCGGAAUACAAAAGUAAUGCUACCGAUAAUUUAAAAUGGCUACCCAACCAAAAAAAAAUGAGCAAAGAAGACACAUAGAUAAUAUACAGAAUGGAACCCUGACAGGCCCAUGGAUACAUGAGAUGUUCAGCGUCACCAGGGAUGAGGGAAAAGCUAUGUGUCAUCGUCAGCUUGGCCUGCACAUACCAAGGAGUGAUGAGGGGUGGGACCAGAAGCUGCUGGUGCACGCCGAACUGCCAUUGCUGUUGGAGAAAACAAAGUUAAACGCACACACCUGAGCCCUGCUGGAGACAACAGAAGUACUCUGGGAGCAAGGAGUUCCAGAAAUUGGAAGGUUCACCAGCGUUCCCGAUGUGCCCUCCCAGCUGCAGACACCCUCCCUAGAGGAUCUGCUCUGCUCGCACGUGCCCCUCUCCAAUGAGGACGAUGCUUCCCCAGGCUGCGCGACCACCUCCCAGGUGCCCUUCAAGGCUUUCCUCAGCACCCCGGAGCUGCACACACCUCGUAACACCGACAGGAAGCUCUGCCCACUCCUGAGCCCACUGCAGGACCCCCUGAUGGACAAGACCCUGCUGGAGUCCAGGGAGAUGGUGCGGCCCAAGAAGGUGUGCUUCUCAGAGAGCAGCCUGCCCUCAGGGGACAGGACCAGGAGGAGCUACUACCUUAAUGAGAUUCAGAGCUUCACCAGCGCCGAGAAGGAUGGGCGCAUCGUUGGGGAGAUUGCCUUCCAGCUAGACCGGCGCAUCCUGGCCUACGUCUUCCCCGGGGUGACGCGGCUGUACGGCUUUACUGUGUCCAACAUCCCGGAGAAGAUCAAGCAGACAUCCAUCAAGUCCCUGGAUGGCUCGGUGGAUGAGAAGAAGAUGCGGGAGCUGACGCACCGCUACCUGACGCUGAUGGCGCGCCUGGAGAAGCUGGGCUACAAUCGCGACGUGCACCCCGUGUUCAGCGAGUUCCUCAUCAACACCUACGGCAUCCUGAAGCAGCGGCCCGACCUGCGCUCGAACCCGCUGCACAGCAGCCCGGCCGCCCUGCGCAAGCUGGUCAUUGACAUCGUGCCCCCCAAGUUCCUGGGCGACUCGCUGCUGCUGCUCAACUGCCUGUGCGAGCUCUCCAAGGAGGACAGCAAGCCACUCUUCGCCUGGUGAGCCCGCGCCCCAGCACCCGC